GAGUCGGUUGCAGUUCGAUAAGAGCAGCCGGAGCGUUUAGUGGCCGGAUCGAAGCUCCCGGACAUCCCUAGUAGUUUCCUGACAGCAGUCGGUGGUUGAGUUUUGUUCGGCGGAAGAACAAUAAAAAUCUCCUCCAAUAUUUACUUUAUCAUGAACUUCAUCCUAAUAUCUUGGGACUAGUAGCAUUCACAGCCCUUUCAAAACCAACAUUGAAAGAAUUCUGAUGCCCAACAUGUCGAUAUCAAUUCAACCAACGAUGGUAUCCGUUGUCUGCUGCUUUAGUCUACCAAACGUCAACUACACCGAAUCUGCACCUCAAGCUUAUAAUCAAGAGGGUUAUGAACCAUUUUUUCCGAAUUUCAAUGAAAGUGAUUAUAGUUGGUUAGGCGACAUUGAAACCUUGGAUUUUACAAUCAAUGCGACAUCGGAUCAUCUAUUCAGAGAGACUGCUCCUCCCAGGCCAUAUUAUGGGGACCAUUUUAGAACAUUCAGGAGCGCAUACUUAUCAGUGCAUGGCUACUUAGGGGUCAUCGUUUGCAUAUUUGGCAUAUUUGCUAACGUUCUGAAUAUCAUCGUACUGACCAGAAAAGAUAUGCUUUCACCGACAAAUGCAAUUCUCACUGGAUUAGCCGUGGCAGAUAUGUUGGUCAUGGUAUCAUAUCUGCCAUUUUGUAUUCAUAACUAUAUCAGGGUCAAUCAGCCACCUGAAGAAAAGUUUUCUUACGGGUGGGCUGUUUUUACACUUUUCCAUGCUCAUUUUACAGUUGUUUGUCACACCAUAUCAACCUGGCUUACCGUGACCCUUGCCGUUUGGAGAUUCUUAGCCGUCAGCUUUCCAGCGGCAAGUAAAACCUGGUGCAGUAUGCCUAGAGCUAAAUGCGCCAUAAUUUGCACUUACUUGAAUUGCGCAUUGUUUUGUCUACCAGUAUAUCUGACAUUUACCAUUAUCGAGGUGUCUCACAAUGGGAAAUUUGCCUACAGGGUAUCCUUCAGUGAGAUCGCUCAAAGCAACCAUCAAGCUUUGGAGAAAGUAAACUUUUGGAUUUUCAGCGUACUUACCAAGCUCAUUCCUUGCAUUGCUCUUACAGGAUUGAGCUUGGGUCUGAUCAAAGUUCUAUACGAAGCUAACAAGAGGAAACAGAGAUUAAAAAACCGAAUUGAAAAUGACAGAACUCAUGAUCGCACUACCAGAAUGCUUCUGGCUAUACUUCUGCUCUUUCUCAUCACCGAAUUUCCAUCUGGAAUAGUUGCUCUGCUCAGUGGAAUCUUGGGAAAGGCUUUCUUUGAUAACGUGUAUCUAAAUCUUGGAGAAUUUGUCGACUUCUUGGCCCUUGUAAACAGUGCCAUCAACUUCAUUCUUUAUUGCUCAAUGAGUAGGCAAUUUCGCGAUACAUUUGCGAAUCUUUUCACACCCAAGAUUGUCUCCAAGUGGAUGGCUGUACCUACUGAACCAAAUACAACGGUAGAUACGACCUGUGUCUGAAUGAUUUUUCUAUUAUUAAACGUGUACAAAACCUUUUUCCAGUUUAAGUUGAUACAUUUAGAAAUUGUUGAAGAAGACCUAAAUAUCUGGACAAAAAAGGCAGCUAAUUAUUUAUAAAAUUAUACUACACAGACACAUAUAUAUAUUUGGAGUUAAGAAGAAAAAUUGAAAAUUAUAUACCUGAGAAGAUUUAAUUAAUAUCAAGAAUAAUUUGUACUCAACAUCAUUUGGGUGCUCUCAAAAUAAUAUUUCCUGCUUACAGAUUAGUGACAAUAACUUUGAAUCAAAGAAUAGGUAUAUUCUACAUUACUUAACUGAUAAGUGUAAAGCUUGUUGAAUUUUAUCUUUGAGAAGAAACAUUUAUAUCGUACAGGAGUAAAAACAUUUUAAUAUACAAGCAGCGCUACAGUUAAUAGAUUCUUUCUAGACAGUAGUAGUCUGGAAAGACAGUGCUAGUCUGCUGUGUAGUUUCAGUACAUAAUCAAAGUGAGAUUAUUGCAAACUUGCAGAAUUACGAUGGUACUCCUUUUUGAUGGUAGCAGCAGCUGUGACAAUUAAACUUAUCAGUAUUGAUAAACAAAAGAACAAAGCGAACUUACUAAUCUUUGUAAGAGACUUUCUUGUAUACUGGACAGUCGCUCAGUGAACUGUUUUAAAGAACAUUAUUUGUAGAAAAAAUAUCCAAGAUCUGUAUUUAUAUUUUAUUUAUAUUUAGCUCUGUGGAGAGGUAUUUUAUUUUAUUUACUAAGAAUUUAGCACAUACAAAUAUAUUCAAAAUUAUUCUUUUGAAAGUCCAUUUAUUAUUCUACUUUGUCUGCUAUUUUCGUUUUUUUGUCUAAUAUUUAUUUAGUAUUUUAUUUCUUAAAGAACCCGCUUUUUGCAAAUCCCUUUCAAAAACACUAGAUGAUAUAUUAAUUGUAUGAAAAUGUAAAUGUAUGUGUACUAUUUCAUAAUUGUUUAUUCAAGCAUGACUUUAUAUCAUCAAGUUUCAUAGCAGGAAAUGUCAUCACGAUCAAGUCUAUAUUUAAAUAGAAUCAAUGUUCUUAUCUUUUAUAUUGAGAAGAAUUUAUUUUUGACUCCUCAGAAUUUAUUUGUCUUUUUAUUAAUUUUA